AGGCGGUCUGAGAGCCGCCCAAACGCUUGCAGAAGGAAGGAGCUCUCGGGCGAAGGUCCCAGCCGACAUGGUGCCGUGUUGACAGUAACGCGGGUGCAGUUUAACAGUGAAUUACCGUCUCCUGCCAUUACCAUUCCGCCAUAAACUCCGCCAGACGCGAGCCAUGGCAGACGUUAAAGUAAAGAAGGAGUCCACGGACCCUGUCGACAUCGAGAACAGGAUAAAGGAGCUCUGUCAGCAGUUUCCACAUGGCAUCACUGAUCAGGUUAUCCAGAAUGACAUGCCCCAUGUGGAGGCCCAGCAGCGGGCCAUGGCCAUCAACCGACUGCUGUCUGUGGGCCAACUGGAUCUUCUCAGAAACAGCAGCGGUUUGCUGUACAGGCUAAAAGAUGCCCAAUCAGCAAGUAAAAUGAAGGGCUCUGACAAUCAAGAGAAGCUAGUUUAUCAAAUCAUAGAGGAUGCUGGGAAUAAAGGAAUCUGGAGCAGGGAUAUCCGGUAUAAGAGCAACCUCCCUCUGACUGAAAUCAACAAAAUCCUGAAGAACCUUGAGAGCAAAAAGCUCAUCAAAGCUGUGAAGUCUGUUGCGGCCUCAAAAAAGAAGGUGUACAUGCUGUAUAACCUGCAGCCAGACCGCUCAGUCACGGGGGGAGCGUGGUACAGCGAUCAGGAUUUUGAGUCUGAGUUUGUGGAGGUUCUUAACCAGCAGUGCUUUAAAUUUCUACAAAGUAAGGCAGAGGCGGCAAGAGACAGUAAGCAGAGUCCCAUGGUGCAGAGGAACAGCUCCUUCGCCACCUCACACGAAGUGUGGAAGUACAUCUGCGAGCUUGGCAUUAGCAAGGUGGAUCUGUCUAUGGAGGACAUUGAGACUAUUCUGAACACACUGAUCUAUGAUGGGAAGGUGGAGAUGACAAUCAUCGCAGCAAAAGAGGGCACAGUGGGGUGUGUUGACGGUCAGAUGAAGCUCUACAGGGGAGUGAACCCCAUAAUCCAGCCCACAGGCCUGGUCAAAACACCAUGUGGACUCUGUCCGGUGUUUGACGACUGCCACGAAGGCGGGGAGAUCUCACCUUCAACCUGCGUAUACAUGGCAGAGUGGCUGGACUUCUGACCUGCAGAGAUGGACCUUUUUUCUGUUUGUUUUUUUUCUCUGUGGAGAAAGUGCUGUGUACAUUUUGCAACGAUUCGAUGCAACAUAAGAUGUUUUUAUUUAUGCUGAACAACAGUGGCCGUCAUAUGGAACUGAUAUAAAGGAGCAAAGGAAGAAGGAACAGCAGCAGUGCUCCUCUGGAGCUCAGGAUGUCUCCAUUUAUGUCCUAACCUCUUUUCACAUGUAAAUAUAUCUUACUUAUGGUCAUAAGCAAAAGUUUGGGCACCCCAAACUUGCACGUUUCGUUGAUUUUUGAAGUGAGAAUUAGUGAAUGCAUCCUCUGCAGAGAACACACUAAUGGCAUAUUUAAUACUUUGUGCUUUAUUUUUUUACCAUACGUAAAGCUCAAUGAAUAAAUAGAAAUUGUGCACUAAAAUUUGCAGAACAAUGUCAAGUUUUUUUUCCCCUGUACAGCAUGUAGAACAUUAAUUACACGAAAUUACACGAAACGUUUAAUUUGCCUAAAUUCUGCAUACCACUUUUUUUUCUACCAGUAGUAGAUUUAAGGAGCGGCAUGGCGGAGUAUUACAAAUGAAAGCAGCGCUGUAUAGGGUUUGCACGUUGCGUGCAAUUACACAUUUCCACCAGAGAGGUCUCCAAAUCCCCAAAUGUUACAUAGUGCUGCUUUAAAAGAUUACUUUGACAUGUUGGGUUGAUGGAUUGCCUUAAGCAAGAGCUGGCAGUGCCUCCUUCACCACCAACCCCCCUGUACUGUGCAAUACAGCAGGCAUAAUGUUACUUCCCACCUGUCAGAUUUGUUAUUUUUGUUUGAUUUUUUGUACAAAUGCUUUGGGUGCCUUUUUAGAGAACAGUGAUCUACAAGUACUUUUAAAAAAAUUCUGUAUUUUGUUUUGAAGAAGAAAAAAAAACCUGAUCCCAGCUAAACAGUGAAAUAGAGUUAUGGAAUUCCUGGUUGUCUGAAUAAAGAAUGGAACUGGUCAAGACAGUUGGCCUCGCUCUCAUGUUAGGUAGCUCAAUGGCCCUCUCUUUCUCACCCAUCACUCAGUAAAACAGUGAAUGAAAGUUAGAUUUAUUGUAGAAAUUUUUUUAAACACGAGACAAUUGCUUCGUCUGUUCCAACUAAUCAAGCCCCAAAACAUCGUGGUCCACAUCCUGAAUUGUGAAUCUGCGCAGUGCUAGCCACUGAAGGUGUUGCUUAGCUGAUAUAACAGAAUAAGCAAUUAUUGUUCUUCUCAGAGUGCGCUGAGCCAACCAAUGACAUUGCGUUAUUGCACAGUUGACCUCUUUUAAACACGUUACAGGGGUGGACAAUAUUUUGACACUGAAUUGUUAUUACUUUGUCACAGUAUGGCUUCUCAAGUAUAGUGUGAACAUCAUCAGUACUUCAAGAACACACGAUGAUGACCUUUAAUGCCAUAUAAUUAGAGAACAUUGUGGGUUUAUCAGUGAAAUGUUAAAUAAAUACUGUAUUGAUA